GUUUACAAAAAUUGUUACAAAUUGUGAGUGUUAAAUUGAAGCAUAGUUAUCACUAAUGUUCAGCUCGUCUGCUAAGGGUAAUAAAGAUGCUUUCGUCAACCGCAGUAAGGCGGCAAGAGAUCAGAGAAGUUUGGAAAAGCAGAAGGAAAGGGCCGUUAUUAAAAUACAGGCUGCAGCAAGGUCAUACUUGGUGCUGUUGAAGUUGAGAAGUCAAAUUCGGGAUGAAAUCAAUAAUUUUCUUAUCACUUCAAAAGAAACAAAACCAACAGGCUUGGGUCUCUUUCAAGCGAUCAAAAAAUUUCUAUUUAUUUUUCAAGAGGACAAAGACAAGGAACGAUUUCAUUUGAUAUGCAAAACAUGUCUGGAAAGCAUGGAAGAUAAAAUCUCCAAGAUGUGGUAUAUCUAUCCUGCAUUGACGAAAGAUUGGGCUCUUUUAUGGAUAACCCAGUUGAAGAAAGUUCUCGUCAUUUGUUCCCGCUAUCUAAAAAAACUCAAGCCAACUUCUGGAAGCGACACAAAACUUAUCAGUAUUUACUUAGGCAUGAUCGCUAAAUUCACGGAUUGCAAUUCUUGGAAUAUCAUAUCGAUCAAAGGAGGGAAAAAGUGGAAGCCUGGGUUGAGUCUGUUAUGCAAGAACGUUCUUCUUCAUUUGGAAAAGAGCGAGUUUUAUUCUUCAUUAAGGGAACUCGCAAUAAGUGGUCUUUGCCGCAAUGAUCCAGCUCUACGCUCCACCCAACUUGCAGCAGUCUUAACAUUAUCCUUGAGAGUUUCUGAAGGGUCCGGAUUUAAUGAAAAAUCGAUGAAAUUAUUUCAAGUUAAUAUAAUGUCAAUCCCCGGACUAUUUCUUCAUGUCACAAACAUAUCACCACAGACAUUAGAUCUGGCGAAACAGUACACGUUGCUGUCGCGAAGUUUGAAAUUCUUCAACAGCGCCAGCAACUGGAGUAGUGUGUUUGAAUGUUUGCAUGGAAACAACUCUCUUUGUCUUCUUGCUAAUCUAAUUUAUUUAAUCGAUGUUGAUAAAGAGAGUUUCAAAUCAACCAUUCCAGAAUUUUUGUCGGCUGUAACAAAGAUUCUGGUCGACGUUCAGUCAUUCGUGUCGAAAGACAAAUCCUCGCUGGCCAGUUGGCAUCCGAUAUUUGGCUGGUACAAAGAAAACUGUGAUUCUCAGCUGAAUGCUUCCAUCGGCCGUAUCAUAAGACAACUUCAAAUUCUCUGGAAACGAAGUACGAUCGAAAUCUUAUUCCAAAGUCUGCCAUCAUUGCCCCAGGACUCUGAAAAGACCACGGCGAAAAGUAAAGCUCCUGAUGGUCGGAGGAAGCUUCUAGCUCGACUGAUUACUGGAAGGUUUACUUCACGACGAGAAGCAAAUUUAUCCUCGCCUCGAGUCGUACAAAUCCGCAACACAUGUGUCAUGUUUGAGCUGGUUCUCAACUCGUUAAGUCAGUUGAAAAUGGAUGUGCUGACAGGUCUCAGUUUCAACGAGGAGUUUCUUCUACGACUAUUAAAGUUCUUGCAAGAAUUAGGCCCUGAUGGUGGACUGAGUUUGAUACUGAGUUUUGUUUCUUCGGAAUCUUCACAAAUGUCGACCUCCAUUCAAUCUUUGCUUAUUUUGUUUUGUGAUUGCUGCGGUCAUCUCAUUCCCAUUGUGGAUGAUUAUGAAAUGUACGAGAAACAAAAGCCAUUCAGUUUGGAAGAUCUGACCGCUUUAUCAGGGUUUUUAAACACGCUGACUUAUAAACUACUGUGGAACAGACCCCGCGGAAAGAAAAAUUCUGAUGUGGUCAAUCAACUGGACAACACGGACCGUCUACUGUCUUCGGUUUAUUCACUUCUGAUGUUAAUUUAUGACAGGGAUUCUCGUAGACGCUUCACGCCAGAGAAUCACUGGUUAAUCAAAGAACUGAAAAUUGGUUCCUUUAAAUCUGAGUUAACAGCAGGAAAGCCAAGAGCGAGUGAAGUUUUACAAAUGAUUCCUCACGUCGUUCCCCAUAGAGAGCGCGUGAAGAUCUUCCGUAACUUGGUUCAACAGGACAAACAGUCGCUUGGAAUAUCGAUUGAUCAGGAAGACUUCAGCGCCAGCUGCAUGUUUGUCAAAGUCCGCAGGAAUCAACUGCUUGAGGAUGGGUACAAACAAUUAUCAAAGAUUCCUAUUCAAAAGCUUAAAGCAACGAUAAAAAUCAAAUUCGUCAAUGAGUAUGGUUUAGACGAAGCUGGUAUCGAUCAAGACGGGGUGUUUAAGGAAUUUCUUGAGGAAACAAUCAAGCAAGCUUUUAAUCCACAGCUCAAUUUAUUUAAGCUCACUCAAGAUCAACGACUUUACCCGUCGCCAACAUCUUGCAUCCACGACAACCACCUUGCUUUGUUUGAGUUUGUCGGGAAAAUGUUGGGAAAAGCGGUGUAUGAGGGUAUCGUCGUUGAUGUUCCCUUCGCCCCAUUCUUCCUCAGUCUGCUCUUGUCACGUCAGCACGGUGCUUUGUACAGCUCCAUCGACGAGCUUCCUUCGCUGGAUCCUGAUCUCUAUAAGAAUCUGAACUAUGUCAAGAAUUACGACGGUGAUGUGACUGAUUUGGGGCUUACAUUUUCAUUUGAUGAAGAAUUUUUAGGAAAGGUCAUAACGCACGAUUUGAAGCCAGGGGGAAGAACUAUGGACGUCACUGAUGAAAAUAAAAUAAGCUAUAUCCACCUGAUGGCCCACUACAAGAUGUGCGUCCAGUUAAGAGAUCAGAGCCGAGCGUUCUUUCAUGGCUUUCGAGAGUUCAUUCAACACAAUUGGCUCGGAAUGUUCUCGGGUCCCGAGUUGCAAAAACUGAUCUCUGGCGAUAGCACUACACUGGAUGUCUCUGAUUUACGAGCGAACACGACUUACUAUGGUGGUUACCACAACAAACAUCGCGUGAUAAAUUGGCUCUGGGAGAUCGUCGAAAAAGACUUCAACGAUUCCGAAAAGUCCGCAUUUUUGAAGUUUGUUACAAGUUGCUCAAAACCCCCGUUACUGGGUUUUGCCCACCUUCGUCCCGAGUUUUCAAUACGCUGCGUCGAGACCACUGACGAUGAGGACGAGGGUGAUUCGGUCGGGAGUGUGGUUCGAGGAUUUUUCAAUAUUGGUCGAAGGAAAGCUUCUGCAGGUAGACUGCCUACGUCAUCAACUUGUUUCAAUCUUUUAAAAUUACCAAAUUACGGUAGGAAGGAACUUUUAAGAGAAAAACUACGAUAUGCUAUUCAAUCACAUUCAGGUUUUGAGCUUUCAUAACCCGCAGCAGCUUGCAGCGUUGUAAAUAAUUUAAUUUUAACCGGUGUCCCUACCAGUUAACUUUUUCGUGGUUCUCCGAAAGGGACUGGGUUGAAUCUUCACCGAAAAAGGUUUUCCGAGAAUAAUUUAAUAGGAUAUGGCGACAUUUUCAAAUUUUGAAAAUGAUGCUCAAUCUGCAAUGGUAAUGUACGACAUUUAAUAGCCUUUGCCUUUCGUGGACUAGUUUCUUGGACUACUUUUUUUAAAAACCUUUAAAUCAUCAUGCCAACGGUUGCCAACAGGUUAUUUUUAACUUCUGAGCCAUUUCAUGGAACGUGUAAUGUUCGACAAUGCAACUAUACCAAAAUGUAAAGUUGUACACUGGACUCUCUCUUACCAUCUUUAACUAAGACAACUUUCAGUUUCUAAACUUUUUUUUAAAUCUAAUCCGGUAGGCUCAAUAAGCUUUAUAAGAUUAAGGAAUAAAUCGAGGUAUUAAAGAUUACAUAACACAAGAAAAUCAGCACAUUUCAACAAUAAAAUAUACGAUGAAUUAUAUCAUAGAAAAUAUAAUUACCUAUAAUCACAAAAUAUUUUUUAUUCUCAGUUACAAAGUUACUAAUGAUUCCUAUAUUAACAGUUACGAAGUAGA